AUGAGUGAAACUCCAAAACGGACUGAUAUUUGCCUUCCCAGCGAGAAACAUGUCGUGUUAACGUGGAAAGUCAAGCUGGGAAGUCAUGUACAACAGGGGGAAACCAUUGCUAUGUGUUGUUUAGAAGAAGAUGCGGAAGUCGCUCGAUCUAAGAUCGCCAGUUCUGCCUCAACAGCUACAAAAUCGACACAUAAGAGGCCGAAACGUGGAAGACGACUCAUUCCUUCACCGGCAUCAAUUGCUGCUGCAAAAACAGCAAAGCCUUUACCAGCGCAACCCAUUGACUCAAACACGACACAUAAUCUUCACCAAAAGCUAGCAGAGCGAUUAGCAAAGUCAAAACCAUCAGCGGCUGCUGAAAACAAGGCUUCAGAUGAGACCUUAGAUGAUUCUACUCCAAUAACAACUGAGGAUGAACACGAAAAGGCCACUGUUUCCGCAACAACGAAAAAAGCUCCAAAAGAAUCAGUACAAACAACCCCAAUAUUAUCACCUGUAAAUGGAUUUGUUCACGAGAGCAAAGACGAGGCCACCAAUGGUGUCAUCGGGUACAUUGAGGAAUGCUUGCAUCCAGGUUUUGUUGGAGGGCUUUGUGUGGUUUGUGGUACCGCAAAGUUGGAAAUUGAUGGAAACGACAACGACCUGUCGCCAAAUUCGUCCUCACUCACGGGAAAUUCCGAACCUCGGCAGAAGAAUACGCUAGUUACAGUGUCAGGGGGCGUCACGGUCAGCAUAUCACAGCAAGAAAGUCAGGAAAUGGCAAAACUGGAUAUAGAGAGACUCUUGGGGAUAAAGAAACUUUGCUUGGUGUUGGAUCUAGAUCAUACCUUGUUGCAUGCAACGGCCGAUCCACGUGCUCAGCCCCUUUGCGAAUCCAAUGAUGACGUUCGGACUCUGCGGUUGCCUAUUGUUAUGGAAGCACAACCGAACGGUCAAACGCAACCGUCUCAGCAACCAGUCUUUAUGACACAUUAUGUCAAACUUCGGCCACAUUUGAAGGAAUUCUUGAAUAGUGUGCGAGAUGCGUACGAACUUUCAGUGUAUACAGCUGGGACUCGGCAGUAUGCAGAAGAAAUCACCAUCAUUUUAUGUCGCCAUUUGGUGGGAACCAAGCUGGAUAUGCUCGAGCUGGAAAAGCUACGCUAUGCAACAUUUGUCGCCCAACAAGAAUACGAAACGCAGGUGCGACUGGAAAAGAAACGAAAAUCUGAUAGCAAUGAAGGUGCGGACGAGGGCGGUGCAGAUUCGAAGCAGGCCGUCAAGCGAAAGAAGGUAUCGUUCGGGGUCGACGAAGUCAAGACCUACAACACGACGUCGAGUGCCGAUGCGAACGCGCCAGUAGAAAAGAAGACUGCCGAGGUCUUGAAAACUAAGCUAGAUGAGCUAAAGGCAGAGCUGUCAAAGGGGGAAGAAAUGGAAAAAGAAGCUCAAAAGCUGCGACAGUCCAUUUUCGGAAGCCGUGUUGUGUCAAGAACUGAUGUUGGUGACUUGGGGAGAGAUGUAAAGUCGCUUCGUCGGAUAUUUCCAUGUGGGGGCACCAUGGCUGCCGUUCUGGACGACCGAGAAGAUGUUUGGGCCAAUGCAUCCGACAACUCGGAAACUACAAGAAAGGGAGAACCACCUUCCAACUUACUACUGGUCAAGCCGUAUCACUUUUCGGCUUUCCAAGGUUUCGCCGAUGUCAAUAAUGCUGCCGGUGUGGAUCUGAGUGCUUCAAACCAAUCGACAGAGACGGAAGAAAACGACAUCCAAUUGAUAUGGACGGGGCAAAUUCUGAAGGACUUGCACACUCUAUACUAUUCUCAACAAAACGGAACUAGGCAAACUGUUCCUCAACUUCUAUCACGGAUGAGAAAGAAUGUUCUGAAGGGCACAAACCUCGUGCUGAGUGGCCUUGUCCCGCUCAACAGGGACGUAUUGUUGCCGGAUGCUCCUCGACCGACUAUUGUCCGUUACGCGGAGAGCUUGGGCGCACAGCUUCAAAAGAACGUUGAUGUUUCAGUGACUCAUGUUGUCGCAGCCAAGGAUGGGACGGACAAGGCAAUCGCGGCCAGGAAAUUCCCAAGAACUGUUUUGAUCAAGCCCAGUUGGCUGAUGGAAUGCUACUGGAGUAUGUCUCGCCGACGAUCAUUGGCGCAUUUGAUGACCCCUAUUCCAUCACGAUCUUCCAGCCCUGUACCAAUGCCAAAGCCAGCAGAAGCUGCUGAGGAGAGUAGCGACGAUGAAGACGACCUUGCUGCUGAAUUUGAGGAAGAGCUGAUGAAUUACUGA